GUCCUGCGACGACGCGCACUCUGCCGGCUUCAGGCAGAAUUACCGCGGAAGUUUUGUGAAGUUCUAAUAAUUUAUUAAAUAAUUAUAAACUACUUUAGUAUUAAAUAUAUCAAAAUUAAGAUAAUUAUACCUAAAUAAGUUAGGACUGGAGUUGGUAGAUUAAAAUAAAGUUAGUGCAGUGACUUGAUUAAACUUUUGGUGUGUGUCCAAUAAAAAUUGAUUGUCAGAAGAUUUUUGGUUAAACGUCACGGAUAUUAAAUGGAGUGAGAAUUAAAUGAUAAAUGGAAGCUUCUAUCAAGGAAGAUUAAAAAAGUUGUCGUCCCACACUUAACAUCGCCCGCAAGAUGUGAAUCAGCUGUGUCAUGGAGGAGUGCGGCAACUGCAGCCUCAACGCUGAGUUCAACGACAGCCUCUAUGAGUUCCUCAACAAUGCUUCUCACAUCAAUAAGUUCUAUUUCUACCAGACAGCUCAAGUGGCGGUCCUCUGGGCGUUGCUGGUGGCGAUCGUGGCGGGCAACGCCACCGUGGUUCUGGCGCUGCUGCUCACCAAGACGAGAAAGAGCAGGAUGAACUUCUUCAUCAUGCAGCUAGCUAUAUCUGAUUUAUUGGUAGGAUUAAUAAGCGUUCUCCCAGAUCUGAUCCAUCGAAUAACUAUAGCGUGGCUCGCGGGCUCAAUAGCGUGUAAGCUGAUGAAAUAUUUACAGGGUGUAGUAACUUAUUCUUCUACGUACGUGUUGGUGGCGCUCAGCGUGGACCGGUGCGACGCCAUCACCCAUCCCAUGAACUUCACGGGCAGCUGGCGGAGAGCUCGUGCGCUCAUUCUAGGAGCGUGGUUCAUAAGCUUUCUUUUCUGUGUGCCGAUGCUGUUCCUCUUCGAAGAAGAGAAUGUAGCAGGAGUCCUCCAAUGCUGGUCGAGCCUAAGCAAGAUCCAGUGGAGGAUAUGGAUGACCAGCGUCUUCGUGUCGCUCUUCGUGAUACCAGCUCUGACUAUAGCCGCUUGCUACGGGGUGAUAGUGGUCACGAUACGGCAGAAGAGUCAAAGAGUGCUUGGAAGGCGCGCUACUGCGACGAGGCAAUACAGCGACGAUUUGGACUCACGCCGCGCGAGCAGCCGUGGCAUCAUACCUAAGGCUAAAAUAAAGACGGUUAAGAUGACUUUCGUCAUUGUCUUUGUGUUCGUCCUCUGCUGGUCUCCGUACAUGAUCUUCGACCUGCUGCAAGUAUACGGCUACGUGCCAGACACACAGGCGAACAUCGCGAUCGCUUCGCUUAUACAAAGUCUAGCGCCGCUCAACUCCGCUGCGAAUCCUGUUAUUUACUUCAUAUUCUCUAAUAGGAUUUUCGUCAGCCUUAGGAACGUUCCGCCAUACAAGUGGUUCUGGUGCUGGAUGAAGUCCAGCGACAGUCCCGUGGGCAACGAGUCCCGCGCACACACCGAACUGCUGACGUCAUCGCACCGCAGGACCAGGCACGAGCUUACUGUCAGGGUAAAAGAAGACAGCCUCAAAUACCCGAAGCAGCGCGUGCACCAAUGCAACAGUACCAACUCAAAAAAGGUCCGACUGCACCUCCCUGAAGAACACCAGAACAAUAACUGCCAUCCGCACAGGAGAGACGACACGUUCUUGUAGUGAUUACACAGGUUUUAAAGCAUUUUAAUUAUUUUUUAAAUGAUCAGCAACGAACUGUAUUGAGAAGGUUAUACAUAUAAAAGAACGUUUUAUUCUUCGCGAGCGUCGCUUGAGUUAGGUCUAAUAUUGACAUAAUAUAAGUGUCAUGAAGUGACAGUGAAAAAAACAUCGUAUCAAUAAAAAUGCAUUGUACAGUCAGUUUUAAUAACAGCUGAAACUAAAUGGAUUUUCAACAAAACUGGACGUCUACAAGCCGAUAUGAAAAUAUGAAAAGUUUGUAUGUAAGUUUCUAAUAUUGACUGUACUUACCGCUUUCAUUAAUAUAAUUUGUUAAAGCCUGGACGUGCUCACGGACCAGGCUCUAGAUACAAAUAUACGGUGUAACUGAUGGACCAUUUUAUGAAACAGUAAAAUCGUCAUCUUUUUAUUGUGCUGAAACUGUUAAUACUGUACAUUAACACUUAGGUAUAUUCAUACGUAGGUAUUUUACUGGUACUUUUUUACGCAGUGGUAAUCCCAAGUCUUUAUUAUUAGUAUACAUUGACCCACUUUAUACCCAUUCCCACCUAAACUAUCCUCAAGUUACUUCCACACAGUGUACGGAGGAUAGCUUUUCCCGUGUGUGCUAUCCCAAAGGCAGUUUUGCUCUCAUCAAUCAAUUCAUCAAGUACUUGACUGAUGGUCAAACAAAAUACAAACUAAGAAGGUACUUGAUACACCUUGACCACCAGUACUUUUUUAUGUAGUACUUAUCUUCCGGUUUAAGCUAUA